ACGUCAUGCAGAAUCUGCUCCUCGGAAAUGUAAAAUAUUGUUGUUUCGAGAAGGAGGCGAGUUUAGGAAUUUGUUAGAAACUGUUUACGAGUGUAACAGUUACAGUUUAGGACUUUGUUAUGGUUUAGGAUCUAAAACCUGACCUGCAAACUGCUGGAAAAGAUAUGAAUAUUGCGCAUGUGGUCCGUAGCUGCAGAUCUGUUUGUUGCUUAUUAGAAACUAAUCCAACAAGAAAGUUCUUCUCCACACGAUUCAAUAUGGCAUCAGCCAAACACAAGAAUACUAAAAGGAUUGAAGGGCUAGACAAGAAUGUUUGGGUCACCUUCACUGCAAUGGCAGCAGAUCCAACUGUUGUUAACCUUGGUCAGGGUUACCCAGACAUUCCUCCUCCAUCUUAUGUGAAAGAGGGUCUCGCUCAGGCUGUAAUGGUGGACCAGCUGAACCAGUACACGCGUGGCUUUGGACACCCAACACUGGUGAAAGCCCUGUCUCAAGUGUAUGGGAAAGUUUGCGGCCGUCAAAUUGACCCCUUCAAAGAGAUCCUGGUGACAGUGGGAGGCUAUGGCUCAUUAUUCUGCUCCAUUCAGGGGCUGGUAGAAGAGGGAGAUGAGGUUAUAAUAAUUGAACCAUUUUUCGACUGCUAUGUUCCUAUGGUUAGGAUGGCAGGGGCCAAGGCGGUUUUUAUACCACUUCGACUUAAGUCCAAUAAGAACACAGACAUCAGUAGCGCAGACUGGGUUCUGGACCAGGAUGAACUUGCAAGUAAAUUCAAUUCUAAGACAAAGGCCAUCAUUAUCAACACUCCUAACAACCCCUUAGGGAAAGUCUUCACCAGGAGUGAACUGCAAGCUAUUGCGGACCUUUGCAUUAAGCAUGACACGCUGUGCUUCAGUGACGAGGUUUACGAAUGGCUUACAUAUAAAGGCCAUGAGCAUGUGAAGAUAGCGACUCUUCCUGGCAUGUGGGAGCGAACCAUCACUGUUGGCAGUGCAGGAAAAACCUUCAGUGUGACUGGCUGGAAGCUGGGCUGGUCAAUAGGGCCCGAACACUUGGUGAAACACCUGCAGACUGUUAUGCAGAACACGGUGUAUACCUGCCCAACACCACUACAAGAGGCGGUUGCGCGGGGGCUUCUGCGUGACUAUGAGGUGAUGGGGCAGCCGGACUGUUACUUCUCUUCACUAGCGGAAGAGUUAGAGGGCAAGAGAGACCGCAUGGCGACCGUACUGAAGCAGGCUGGAAUGAAUCCAGUGGUCCCUGAAGGGGGCUACUUCAUGAUUGCUGAUGUCACGGCUCUCAAUCAGGAUCUUUCACAUGUGGAAGAUGAUGAGCCAUAUGACUACAAGUUUGUCAAAUGGAUGAUAAAGGAGAAGAAAUUGGCUGCCAUUCCUAUGACGGCAUUCUGUGGGGAGGAAUCCAUAAAACACUUUGAGAAAUACAUACGACUCUGUUUCAUCAAGCAAGACAGCACACUUGAUGCAGCAGAGGCUAUAUUGAAGAACUGGAACAAAGCUUGAUUUUGGAUGAAGCAGUAUAGUGCUGCACUGGACUCCCUUCAUCACUUUACUGGGGGAAGAAAGAAAAAUCUUAAAUUAUAAUGGAAGUUAAUGUUAUGAUUGAAUUUCUGUUGGUGAAUUUAUCAUGAAAUUUUAACACUAAGCAGUGUAAUCAGAGUUUUAAAAUUGUAAAAUAAAAACAGCAGAGGUUAUGUCUUUGAAAUCUU